ACCCACGCUGUUUAUUGUUUUUACUCCCCACUUUACAAGAGAAAUUCUGAAGUGAUUUGUUUUGUGUCAAUAAAGGGCAAUGUAGAACAAGUUUUUAAAGUGUUAGACGUUGUCAUUUAAUUGAUAAAGUUACGAUGAGUGGUAAGACUGCUGUUAGCAGCAGCGGUAAACGCAGAGCACAGCGCAGCGACCCGCUUGUCGAUAUUUCGGAUGAGGAAGCAAUUGACAAAGAACCGAGUGGUUCGUUUGCUUGGAAGUUCCUCCUUCCAUCCCAGAUACGAAGUUUAUCACAAUGUCCGACCCCUGAGGAACUGGAGCAAAAAAUGGGCAUUGUUUUAAAAUUUGACCACCACAGUCUAGAACUACGGGAAGCUUGCCAGCUUGAUGUGUUUGUUAUUUCAUAUCACUGGGCUAAGGAACAAGGUUUCGAUGAAAGGCAACUCAGUGGUUUCAUUACUUUACUGCAUCAUAUCUUGGAAAAUGUGAAAAGUAACAUGAGCAAAGCCGGUAACUUCCAAUACAUGAAGGAAUGUUUUUCUGGUGUUGGUUCAGACAACCCUGACCUCGUACCAAUACCUCUCUACUUUUUUAAACUUGAACAUUCUAAACUCAUCAUAAAGUAUCUCAUAUCUACAAUCUUUCAGCAUUAUUCUUUGUACCAAUACCUUUACUAUCAACAGCAGGAUGAACUAAUUAUCGGAACAGAUAUGAUGUUGGAAACCUGUCCCGUGUUGAACAGUCCAUAUCCUGUUCCGUUAGAAGAAGGAAUGCCUUUGGAGAUGUAUGAAGAACACUUGAUAAAAAAAGAGUCAGAAAAAUUAACGGAUGACGAAGAGACAGACGAUGCAACUGCAGAUAAUUUGAUCGGUGCAGUGAUGGACGCCAUGGAAGCAAGCGGAAAUGACGUAGUUAAGACUGUGUCGACCUCUGAGUUGCGAGGAAUCAUCGAGAGAGUAACAAAAGAAAUGAUUUUGCCGGCCAAAACUGAACUGAAAACCAAAAUAAAGGAAAAAGAGCAAUCCUAUUUAAACAGAAUCGGCAAAAUACACGUGAAAUAAUUUGCCCCAUUUAGAGCAUAUUGCGAUACAUAUGGUAUUUGUUGUGCUAUUUCGCUUUUCUUUAGAUUUCUUCGUUGGAUAGGUUGCACAGUGUAUUUUUAUUCAGCUUUAACUGUGGUACUUUAAAACCGACACCCGCAAUUAGCGUUGUAAAUAAACCAACGUAAUUUUUUUUUUCGGUUUUAAACAAACGAAGGCGAACCUUGUGAACUACGUCACAUGGCACUUUGUGACGUCACAUUACAGCACAAUUCAAAUUUGG